AUGAACCGUGGAAACUUUUUAGAGGUAUUGAGUUUAAUUGCCUCUUUUAAUGAUGAAGUAACAAAAGUUCUUAAUAAGGCCCCACGAAAUGCAUCAUAUACAUCACCAACAAUACAAAAACAAAUUUUGCAAGUGUUGGCAACUAAAGUAAAAAGUGAUAUCCGAGAAGAAAUUGGUGAUGCAAAAUUUUGUAUCAUUGUUGAUGAAGCUCGAGAUGAAUCAAAGAAGGAACAAAUGUCAAUUGUCUUGAGAUUUGUUAAUAAAGAUGGCUUUAUACAAGAACGUUUCUUUGGAGUUGUUCAUGUUAAGGACACUAUUGCAUCAACAUUGAAAGAAUCUAUCUUUUCUAUCUUAUCUCAUCAUAAUCUUGAUGUUCAGAAUAUUCGGGGACAAGGUUAUGAUGGUGCAAGUAACAUGCGUGGAGAAUGGAAUGGAUUGAAAGCUUUAAUCUUGGAUGAAUGUCCUUAUGCUUAUUAUGUUCAUUGUUUUGCACAUCGAUUGCAAUUGGCAUUAGUAGCUUCAUCAAAGGAAGUCAUCCCUGUCCAUCAAUUUUUCACCAAGUUGAACUCUAUUAUUAAUGUUGUUGGGGCAUCAUGUAAGCGCAAUGACCAGUUGAAAGUUGCUCAUGCCUCAAAUAUUGCUCAUUUGCUUAGUAUUGAUGAGCUUGAAAGUGGGAGAGGUCUUAAUCAAAUUGGUUCUUUACAAAGGUCGGGUGAUACUCAUUGGAGUUCUCAUUUGAAGUCUAUUUCAAGUUUGAUGAGAAUGUAUAGUGCAACAUGUGAAGUUUUACUUAAUAUUGUUGAAUAUGGAACUACACAUGCUCACCGUGGAGAUGCCGAUGCAGCUUAUGAGGUACUCACUUCUUUUGAGUUUGUAUUCAUUAUGCAUCUCAUGAGAAAAAUUUUGGAGAUUUCAAAUAUGCUUUGCCAAGCUUUACAACUUCAAUCUCAAGAAAUAUUGAAUGCAAUGGAUCUUGUGUCAUCUACUAAAUUGCUUAUUCAAAAUUUAAGAGAUAGUGGAUGGGAUGAAUUAGUUGCAAGUGUGAAGUCUUUUUGUGAAACUGUCAACAUAACUGUGCCGGAUUUUGAUGCUCAAUAUAUUGCAAGAAGGGGAAGGGCUAGGUAUCAACAAGAUGAAUUAACAAUUGGGCAUCAUUACAAAUUUGAUAUUUUUAAUGCCGUGAUUGAUUCUCAGUUGCAAGAGUUGAGCAAUAGGUUUGAUGAUAAAGCAAUGGAGUUAAUUAUUCUCAGUUCAUCGUUAGAUCCAAAAGAGAUGCGUAUAUAA